UUCAUGUUCAUCAUCCUAUUCCAUCCUAUUCCAUCCUAACUUGUCCACUCUCUUUCCUUUCUCAACGCUUCUUCUCUUCCCUUCAUUACUUUUACAUUACUUUGACUCUUUUCUUAUGCUCUGAACAAUUCACAAUUCUCUUAUAAAAUUAUUCAAUUUCAUUUUUACUCCUUUUCCGUAGAUUUUUAUUCCAAUUCUUAUUCCAUCUUUGGUUAAUUCAUUUGAAUUUGAAUACAUUCUUUUAAAGAUCAUUUCCACCCACAAGUUCCCAUCUCCGAGAGAGAUUAAAAAAAAGCGGACUUACUUUUGGCAUUCCCCUUUUUUUUUUAUCUUUCACAAUUCCAAUUCUUGAUCUCGGAAUACUGACGAGAGGUUCAAUUGAUUGAUUGAUUGAUAGAUUGAUUGAUCAAUUCAAGAGAGAAGAGACAAGAAGAAGAAGAAGAAGAAGAAGAAGAAGAAGGAGAAGUGUGUAUGUGAAGGAGAAGAGAGAGCAGAAGAAGAAGAAGAAGAAGAAGAAGAGAGAAAAAGAAAUUCAAACAGUCCUUAUCGAUUCGUCUGAAGUAUCCCCAAGCUUGACGAAAAGUUCACCUCCUUUUUUAAACAAAACUUCUUUGUUGUUACUAUUGUUCCAAUAUCCUCUAUACAACCCCCUCAAAACCUUGCAUCGAAUUCAUUCAUUGCAUCGACCAGAUAUUCUGAAGCUUUUAUUUUAGACCUUCCCGAUUUUGCCUCCGCAUCGACCGACCAUCAACUUCGAUUGGAAUCCUGCGGUCAAAGUAAAAAGAGCAAGUCCUUCGAGCAUUCACUCAAUCUUCAGACCUUCACUCCUUCGAUACAACAACACAACAUUUCGAACAUCUGCCAUAUAGAUACUUUACGGUGAUUCACAUCGACGACUUCCUCUUUUCGAUUCGAAUACUUGUAUACAGACUGAACCUAUUUUAAUAUUCAUAUUUCUAUCUAUACAAGAAUUUGUUUAUAGCGGCAAACAUUCUCAAUUCCAGCCAACCAGCCAACCUCGAAUAUCUACAUACCUAGCUUUGUUAAUACAUAUCCUAUCUUCACUUCAGGCGAAUAUUUCAAAUUUAAGCUUCUCGAUCUACUCAUUCUUCUCACAACUUCUGGCAGAUUGAUCUUCAGUUGGAUAUUCUUUGGUCAAUUGAAUAGAUUCAAUCUUCAAGACCAAAACUUUUUCGACGUGCCUCCGCAGGCACACUUUAAUCUUUCAAAACGGCGGUAAUAUCCUCUCUCGUGCGGGACAGCUUUGUCCUGCCACCUCAUCUUUUCGGGAUGCAGGAGUCACAAGCUCAAAAUGGUGGAUCUGGAGCGACGUCUGUAAAUAGACCAUUUGGCCACGCAUCGAAGCCCUCCAACAGCGAUACCGGCUUUUCUCAUGGCGCAUACAGUUCAAAUCAAUAUUCGAUGGGUGGUUAUGGUGAUAGACAUCCUCGCAGAGUGAACAUUCCUUCAAUAAAUACACAGAGCAUGGGUCAACAAGGCCAUAAUGAUAUGGCCACGCCUGGCACCGCGUUCGAUAUGCAAUUUACACCUUUGCUACCUUCUCAACUUCUCCUCGGUAGCCCAUUCCAACCAGGGACUCCUUCCGCCUUCCAAAGUCCUCAGUUUCAAAACUAUGCGACUUAUCAACAGCAACAACAGAAUCAACAACAACCUCAAAGCCCAACAGGACCUAUGUCCCCUCAACUCUACCAGAGCUUGGUCUCUCCCUCAGCUUAUGGCGCGCCUCAAUUCUAUAACCCACAAUCCCCAACUGGUGGAUACGCUCAGAUGAAUAACGCAAUGCAAAAUAUGAGCUUGGCACCUUCUUCUCCAGUACAAAUGUCACCCGGUUUAAUUUCUGGAACGAGCCGAACAGUUUACUUGGGAAAUAUUCCUCCUGAGACGUCCGCGGAAGAAAUUCUCGGACACGUUCGUAGUGGUCAAAUCGAGUCCGUUCGACUUUUGCCAGAUAAGAACUGCGCUUUCAUCUCAUUCUUAGAUGGAAGCUCCGCUACCCAUUUCCAUUCCGAUGCGAUUUUGAAGAAGCUUUCUAUUAGGGGUCAGGAUAUCAAGGUUGGUUGGGGAAAGCCUUCACAAGUACCUACUUCUGUUGCUCUUGCUGUUCAACAAUCGGGUGCUUCGAGAAACGUUUAUUUGGGUAACCUUGGUGAAGAAGUCACAGAGGAUGAACUGCGUGAGGAUCUCGGAAAAUUCGGUCCCAUCGAUACAGUGAAGAUUGUUCGAGAAAAAGCAAUUGGCUUUGUUCACUUCUUGUCAAUCGGAAAUGCUAUCAAGGCAGUUUCCCAAUUACCUCAGGAGGCAAAAUGGCAAUCACCACGUAGGGUUUACUACGGAAAAGAUCGUUGCGCAUACGUUUCCAAGACCCAACAACAGAAUGCUGCUCAAUAUCUUGGCAUUGCCCCAGGAUAUGCACACGUUCUCAAUGGGGCUGACCGUGACUUGAUUUCUAAUGCUUUGGCUCAACAAUCUGUAGCUGCUGCUGCCGUUGCCACUACUGCAGGUGGAAUCAACAACCUUGGAAACCGAACUGUUUACUUGGGAAAUAUCCAUCCCGAAACCACCAUCGAAGAAAUUUGCAAUGUUGUUAGAGGCGGUCUGUUACAUCACAUUCGAUAUAUACCCGAUAAGCAUAUUUGCUUCGUCACAUUCAUUGAUCCUACUUCCGCGGCUUCUUUCUAUGCUUUGAGCAACUUGCAAGGAUUGAUGAUUCACAAUAGAAGAUUGAAGAUUGGAUGGGGAAAACAUUCUGGCGCACUUCCAGCUGCAAUUGCUCUUGCUGUUAGUGGUGGAGCAUCAAGAAAUGUUUACAUUGGUAACUUGGAUGAAUCAUGGACCGAAGAGAGGUUGAGACAGGAUUUCUCUGAAUAUGGUGAGAUUGAGUUGGUUAAUACUCUUCGAGAGAAGAGUUGCGCUUUUGUCAACUUCACGAAUAUCGCAAAUGCUAUCAAGGCAAUUGAAGCUAUUCGAGGGAAGGACGAGUACCGUCGAUUCAAGGUUAACUUUGGAAAGGAUCGAUGUGGAAAUCCUCCACGACAAGUUCAACAAUCUCAAUCUCCUCGUGGUGAUGGUGUUAACUCACCUCCUCAUUCAGGUGGUCUUCAACCAAGUCAGAAUGGUUCUUCUCCAACAGGCUCUGUGGCUCCAGGUUCUAUCAAUGGCUCCAAUGGAAAUUUCCACCAGCAGCAACAACAGCAACAAGGAUCUACUCCAUCUUCUAUCCUCAAUGCUGGUAGCAACAACCCAUUGACCAUGUAUCUCAACCAAGUUUCCCAACAAGCUCAACAGCAACAACAAAACCUCGACCCCUAUUCCGUCGCAGCGCUUCAACAACAGCAGCAACAAGUCCUCGCAGCUCAACAAGCUGCUUUGUACGGUGGUGGAAACAUGGAUGAUUUAAACAUUCAACAAUCACAACCUAGCGGACAUGGUUCGAGCGCAAGCAUCAGCAACACGAACGGAUUCCAAUCCUCUGGAGCACCAACCAUGAAUGGAUUAUUGGCUCCAGCUAGAGGAAGCCACAGCAGAGCUGUUUCUCUUCCUGUUUUUGCACAGCCUGAUGGCAAUGGAAAUGAGCAACAAGGAGGUUCAAGAGGAAGGGGACAUCAAUAUCAAAAUUCCUUUUCAGGUGGUCUAGGCAAUGGAGGUUUCAAUAGUGGAUAUGGACUUGGCAUUGAUGGACAGGGACAUGGGCUUAAUGGUUGGGCUGAAGAAGAAGUUGCAGGCAAUUAAUGAAUAUCUGAUUGAGAUUUAUGGAGGAGGAAAAAGUGGUCUAGUUGAUUUGAGUUUGGAUUUGCGUGCAUUGAUAGGCAUGGAUAGGAAUUAUUGUGUUGUAAUACCGAGUUUUCAUUUUUCCAUUCAACUUUUCCUUAUGACCUUCAUCCGCUUCGUUGUGUUUUCUCUUUCGCGUUCUGUCUUUUAUAGCUCUUGCUUUUCAAUGUAUGUUUUUUUAUCUUGUGGAGGAUGUGGGCAAGCAUUCGUAGGUGGAAAACGCUUGGUCCGAUUGAAAGAGAUGGUAUGACUGAUAUUGAUAUCCCAAGAGGGGGAAGAGGAAGUAAUUAGAAAUUUGGAUUUGAUAUGAUGAAUAGUAUGGGAUUAGGUAUUAGGAUAGGAACAUGGCAAUCCCACCCGAUGAUAGGGAGGUUGGUUCUGGGUAGUGGAACGAGAAUGAACAUGAAAAUGAAGAAGAUUUUCCAAUCAUUAUCUUGAUAG